AUGAAGUACCAACGUCUCGCUUCUCUUGGCGCCGUCCUCUUCGGCGCUGCCGCUACCGUCUCUGCUAAGCACUUGGGCGGACGUCAUGAGCAUAACCAGUGCCCCAAGGGCUACACCGUGUCCGUCUAUACUAGCUAUAGCACUGUGUACCUGACUUCCACCUCUUCGGCUGCCCCGGAGGUCUCCUCUACUUCCUCGCCCGUUGCUAUCGUGGAGACCCCUGCUCCUGUUGAGACUACCGCCCCUGUUGGCGACGAUGCCACCUCGUCUUCAACUACGUCGUCUACGCCCGUGCAGACUAGCGAGGCUACAGUUGCUGCAACCACGCAGGCCACGGUCGCUGUUGUCGCGGAACUAUCAACCGAUAAUGCCGUUGCUGCCGCCACUACUUCUGCCGUUUCCUCUACCUCUAUUGCUCAGGCUGCUGCCAGCACCUCUUCUUCUUCGUCUUCUACUUCUUCAUCCUCGGGCUCAAUCUCCGGAGAAGCUACUUUCUAUGGUGGCAACGUCGCUGGUGGAACUUGCUCUUACUCUGGCUACACCCUGCCCAGCGGUCUCUUGGGCACCGCCUUCUCUGGUGCCGCCUGGGACAAUGCUGCCAAGUGUGGUGCUUGUGUCGCUGUGACUGGACCGAAGGGUAACACCAUUAAGGCUAUGAUCGUUGAUCAAUGCCCUGAGUGCGCCGCCAGCCACCUCGACCUCUUCCAAGAUGCCUUCGCCGAGCUCUCCGAUAUCUCCGCCGGCGUAAUCGACAUUACCUGGGAGUACACUGCCUGCGACCUCUCCGGCCCCCUGCAGCUGAAGAACAAGGAUGGUACUUCCCAGUACUGGUUCUCGAUGCAGGUUGUCAACGCCAAUGAGCCCGUCACCAAGCUGGAGGUUAGCACCGAUGGUGGCAGCACCUGGCAGAGCACUACUCGCACUUCCUACAACUACUUCGAGCAGUCCUCCGGAUUUGGUGUGGAUACUGUCGAUGUUCGUGUUACUGGCGAGUCUGGAAACACCGUUGUUGUGAACAGUGUCGGGUGCGCUUCCGGCUCCGAGGUUACUGCUUCUUCUAACCUGUGA